AUGUCUCCCACUAUCACCACCCCUGCUGCAAAGACAGGGCCUCAAUCUGCUCUGCAGGAUUUGCAUCAUGUACCUCCAGCGCUCUCAGCCCAUGCCUCUAGUAACAAUCUUGAGGAUAAUUUCGCGCCAGCCGAGCCACCGAACAUCGUCGAAGCCUCGCGCAUCGCUGAUUCCACUGUACCCGAGGGUGGAUACGGAUGGGUCGUCAUCGUGGGGUGUGCAACCUUGACUUGGUGGUAUCUAGGAAUGAGUUAUUCCUGGGGAAUCAUGCAAUCCGCUCUUGUUGAAAGAGGGUUAUCCUCUGCCUCGACACUUUCUUUCAUCGGUUCUCUAUGCGUCACAUUCAACAGUAUCUUGGCGUUGGCGCAUGCAAGAUUCAUCAGAUUGGUGGGUACAAGACAAGCAGCAUUAGUUGGAAUUAUUUGUCUUGGUAGCGGUUCAAUUUUAAGCGGCUUUUGUACUGAGAGCGUUGGAGGACUGUUCUUUACGAGCGGCGCCAUCAUGGGCAUUGGAACAAGUCUCUGUUUUAUGCUCGUCUCUGUCACGCCAGCGCAAUAUUUCAAUAGAAAGCGUGGGUUGGCCAUCGGAUUGAUUUACGCUGCUGGAGGCUUGGGAGGCACAGCACUGACUCUCGGAAUGAGUGGACUCAUCAAAAGAGUAGGACCUGCAUGGACCUUCCGCAUUCUUGGUUUCAUGAUCCUCGCAACUGGGGUGCCCGCAGCUUUCGUUAUUAAAGAACGCGUGCCCAUCAAGAAGAACGCUUUUGUUGACAGGACUCUUCUUAAGGACUUUCGAUUUCUGACUCUGUUCGUGGCCGGAGCUCUUUCCACAUUUUACCUACUCGUACCACCAUUCUUCCUUCCUCUCUACUGCAACACACUUGGAUUAUCCGAAACCGCUGGCGCUGGUCUUGUCGCAGCGUUCAAUUUCUCUUCUGCAGUUGGACGGCUUCUUUGUGGUCUUCUGUGCGACAAGCUCGGACCUGUGAACACGCUUUUCAUCUCCCUCCUUCUGAACUCAACGACUUUUCUUGUGGUCUGGCCAUUCUCAACAACGCUAGGCCCUCUCAUUGUUUUCGUGAUUCUCAACGGUCUUGGUAAUGGUGGCUUCUUCUCUGCUACACCACCAGUCGUCAGUUCACUCUUUGGGAGUCUCAGAAUGCCUGUUGUAAUGGGCAUGAUCAUCACAGGCUGGGGCACAGUGUACUUAAUGGGAGCUCCCAUUGCCGGGUACCUACUUGGUGCGUAUGGUGGACAGCAUGGCUCGUUGAAAUCGUACCAUCCAGCAAUCUUUUUCGCCGGCUCGGCAGCUCUUGCCGCCUGUCUUUCAGUCGGAUUGGUACGACUAAAGUUAGACAGAAAGAUUCUAAGCAAAAUCUAG